UCAGUUAUAAGUGAAUACGGAUAAUAUCAUACAACCAGUAAAUAGAGCUUUGGAAGUUUCUGUAUCUCCAUCUCUUUCUCUAUCGAUUUCGUCGCCUGUCGAGAGCUUUACCAAUUCCGAUUCCGAUUCCGAGAUGGCGAUGAUGAAGCGUGUUGCCUCGACCGCAGUUCGUGCUUUUGCUUCCUCUGGGAGUUCAAUUUCUUCCUCAAUCCUAACCAGAGACCUCCAUGCUUCACCUGGAAGCAAAAAGAUAGUUGGAGUGUUCUACAAGGCAAAUGAAUACGCUGAAAUGAAUCCGAAUUUUGUGGGCUGUGCGGAGAGAGCAUUGGGCAUACGUGACUGGUUGGAAUCACAAGGCCACCAAUACAUUGUCACCGAUGACAAAGAAGGACCAAAUUGUGAACUCGAGAAACAUAUUCCUGAUCUGCAUGUCCUCAUAACUACGCCAUUCCAUCCGGCCUAUGUUACAGCGGAAAGGAUCAAGAAGGCUAAAAAUUUACAACUGGUGCUCACAGCUGGAAUUGGCUCUGAUCAUGUUGAUCUGCAGGCUGCAGCUGCUGCUGGAUUAACAGUUGCAGAGGUCACUGGAAGCAAUGUAGUCUCAGUGGCAGAAGAUGAGCUCAUGAGAAUUCUCAUUCUCGUUAGGAAUUUCUUGCCUGGAUACCAUCAGGUUAUCAAUGGGGAUUGGAAUGUUGCAGCUAUUGCACAUAGAGCUUAUGAUCUUGAAGGAAAGACUGUCGGAACUGUUGGUGCUGGGCGUAUUGGCAAGCUUUUACUCCAAAGGUUGAAGCCUUUUAACUGUAACCUUCUCUAUCACGAUCGGCUCAAGAUGGACGCAGAGUUGGAGAAUGCAAUAGGUGCGAAGUUUGAGGAGGAUCUUGAUGUGAUGCUUCCAAAAUGUGACAUAGUUGUCAUCAACAUGCCUCUGACUGAAAAAACAAAAGGGAUGUUCAACAAAGAUAGGAUUGCCAAAUUGAAGAAGGGAGUUCUAAUCGUUAACAAUGCUAGAGGAGCAAUCAUGGAUACACAAGCUGUUGUUGAUGGCUGUUCUAGUGGACAUAUUGCAGGUUACAGUGGGGAUGUUUGGAAUCCACAACCAGCUCCAAAGGACCAUCCAUGGCGAUACAUGCCAAACCAUGCCAUGACUCCUCAUAUUUCUGGCACUACAAUCGAUGGACAGUUGCGAUAUGCCGCAGGAACUAAGGACAUGUUGGAUAGGUACUUCAAGGGAGAAGAGUUCCCUCCACAGAAUUACAUUGUUAGGGAGGGGGAAUUGGCAAGCCAGUACCGUUAAGCCUAGAUUUACGUGAGUUCGCAAGUUUGAGUUUGUUCUCUGCUCUCUGAGCAAUAAUAAAAGUUUAAAGCGUAUGAAAUAAUGUAAUUAGGACUAGAGUGUAUGGUCCGUAGUUAUUUGCUGAAUCUCAUAAACUUCUUUACCGUUGUAUUGUAUGUGAAUGUUUUUUGUUUUAUCCUAAGCAUGGUGUGGUUAUGGGUGUCACUUGUGCUGAUAGAAGUUUGAACCUUGGAUGAGCAUAUAAAGAACAUUUGCAUUCGGGUUUGUUAA